CCUCGUGUGAGGCACAUGUUGAUAUGUAAGGUACAGCUGACCCCGAUCGUGGUUUAAAUGGAUUGUAUAAGGAAGGGUGUCAUAAAACAGUGGUCAAGAAUCCCACCAUACCGGGGCUAUAUUUAGAUCACUGACCACGUGAUAUGAAACGAAUAUCCAACACGUGGAAAGUUACUGACGGAGGGACUUCCUGUACAGUUAUAGGUCACGGGUCAACUAAUACAUAAAUCAUGGAGCGCGAGUCAAGUUAUCAGGAAACAAAUCUGGGAAUCUCUCAGGGGAAUGGAGGACAGAAUCUCAACCAGGAAAGCACAAAACCAGCGAGAGGGAAGGUGACCUGGCGCCUUGUUUUAUCCGUGUUCGCGGCUGUGAUGGGUUCUCUUCAGUUUGGAUAUAAUACGGGAGUCAUCAAUGCCCCAGAGGGUAGUAUCAAAGAUUUUAUGAACCAAACCCACUUCCGGCGGACAGGCGAGACUUUAACGUCGGGAUCCCUAUUAAAUACUUACGCCCUCCUCGUGGCGAUAUUUGCCGUAGGAGGUAUGCUGGGAGGGUUACUAGCCGGAUGGUGGGCAGAUUACUUCGGCAGAAAACACGGUAUGCUGAUAAACAACGCAUUUGGGAUUGGAGCAGCUGCCUUGAUGUUCUUUAGUAGAAUGGCGUGGUCCUAUGAGAUGGUUAUCGUGGGGAGGUUCCUUGUGGGGUUCAACUGUGGCCUUUAUACCGGGUUAACUCCACUUUAUUUAUCGGAGAUUUCAACCGCCAACAUUCGAGGGGCGUUAGGGGUGAUCCAUCAACUCGGCGUCACAAUUGGGAUUCUCCUGUCACAGAUUCUGGGAUUCCCCGAGAUCCUUGGAAACGACACCUACUGGCACAUACUUCUGGGUAUGUGUGCCGUCCCGUGCGCGUUACAGUUAUUGACCAUGCCAUUUUGUCCAGAGAGCCCACGGUAUCUCCUGAUAUCCAAAGAGAUGGAGGAUCACGCCCUCAAAGCUCUGGUAAAGUUGCGUGGGACGUCUGCUGUACAUGACGAUAUAGAGGAGAUGAAGAAAGAAUUCCUCAUCCAACAGUCGGAGGCUAAAGUCUCGUUGAUACACUUCCUUAAGAAAAAGUCUCUCUGGGCUCCACUUCUCAUCAGCUUCGUCAUGCAUCUCUCACAGCAGCUGUCCGGCAUUGUCGCAGUUUUCUACUAUUCGUUUAGUUUGUUUAAAAACGUUGGCUUAUCUGAACAAUCAGCUGCACAUGCAACAAGCGGUAUUGGCGGCAUUAUGGUUACCAUGACAAUGGUGACGAUACCUUUGAUGGAUCGUGUAGGACGACGCACGCUCCAUCUACUAGGAUUAGGAGGAAUGUUUGUCUUCAGCAUCCUGAUCACAGUAUCACUAGCACUCACUCAUCUGGCUGAGUGGGUGAAGGUAGCAAACGUAGUUGUCUCCCUUCUUUACGUCGUCUUUUUCGCUAUAGGGCCAGGAUCCAUACCUUGGCUAAUUGUUGCGGAGCUAUUUUCCCAGGGUCCAAGACCGGCUGCCAUCAGUUUGUCAGUUCUCGUCAACUGGGUCGCUAACUUUGCUGUAGGGUAUGCCUUCCCUAGCAUGCAGGAAGGACUAGAUGACUACUCUUUCUUACCAUUUACGGGAUGCAUAGCAUUAUGCGGAAUAUUUCUGUUUAUAUAUUUACCGGAAACAAAGAAUAGAACAUUUGAAGAUAUAACGUCAGCCUGGAGGAAACGACCGGACUCGGAAUUAUCACUUUCUUCCGCCGGAAGUAACGAAGUAGCAAAAGAGGAUUCAAAUCUUGUGAACUUUUCUGGUGUAAAAAAUCAUAUAUAAGGGCUAUUAUUUGAAUAUUACCUAAACGAAUUCUGUAAUCAUUGGGUUAUCAUGGGCAUUAUUUCAUCAUAAAUUCUAUUUAUAGAACACAAGACACUGAAACCGGAUAAUAUUCACUAGAACCGGAAGUCAGACUCUCGCUAUUAACCGAAGUCCGUUUUCUGAUCAUGAAUAUCCAAUGUGCAUAAUGUGUUUCAAGAUAAGUUCUAAAUAGCCUCGUUCGGAUGAAAACUGUGAGAUGUGGAGAGCUUAAUCAAAGGGACAUAACUCCGCGAAAUCACAUCAAAUCAUCUACGUAAGAACAUGCAUUGGUAGCAUGUAUCCAUCGAAAAAAUAUAAUACUAGGUUUAUCUGUAAAGAUAAGUAAAUGUAAUCUUCCUUUAAUGUUUAUCUGGAUGUACGUGGUUGAUCGCAUCACCUUCAUUUUCCCUUACAACUCGCCUAAAGUUUAGUCAAUCUCCACUAAGUUGUGUUUAUUUGUUAGUUUGUUUGAUGGGUUUAUCGCCCCUUUGUACGGGUAGUCGGUGACUACCUCAGUGAACAACAUACUGGAGGCCCGUCGCAUACCGUGCAGAACAAUUAUGGCAAAGCGUCUUGCCAAAGGACACAACCACGUCAGCACAGACCGGCCUGUUUCUCAGCCUCCCCAGAAACACAAAUCGACACGGGUAUGGAACGUCGAACCACUCACCUUAGAUCUACACCCGAGAUCACGUAGCCAGCGGUCUAACCUAUUGAGCUAUCGAAGCUCCACUCUAGACAGUUCUGGACUACCCAUGAUAAAAGUUGGCAUCCAUGGGAAUGUGUUUAAGAGUAAAUGUCUCUUGGAUACGGGGAGAUAAAAAACUGAACAUUAAACUAGAUUGUGUAGAAUCCGAAAUAAAUACAACAUUCCAUUUCAAUAUUGCCCAUAUAUAUAACCUUAUAUCAUCGUCAAAUGUUCUUAGUCAUGAAAUAUAUAUCGAAUUACUGUUUAGGAAAAUGUCUUUGAAGUAUUGCAAAGACUAAAAAAAAUCUUUUUGACAUAUUUCAAAACCUGCUGACCUUUUUUAGCCAUAUUGAUAAGGCAUACGUCGUGUAAAUCAUUCUUGUUCAAAUCAAGGCAACACUGCGUCCGCACAAUUGGCAUUAUGAAAUCGUACCUACUAGGCGUAUCAAAGAACUUCGAAAACCUUUAAAAUCAUAUCGUACAUGUUUCAAAAUGAGAUCCCGACGCCGACCAUAACACUUCCCCAUCGUCUUCAUCCACAUGCGGCAUCUAUCAGGGAAACCAUUACAAUAUGAACAAGCCCUUGAAUAUCAAAUCAAAUGACACAUGUAAGCACUGUGAGUUGGGGAUGCAGGAGAGUUACUAUCUAGAAAUGGUAAUAUCUUCGUAACCUAUAUUAUUAUUGUUGUAAGAAUUUCUGAAAUCAUUCAAAAUCUCUAACUGAAAUCGUGAUAUUGGGAAAAAUAAAAGAUAAAGUAAAUAUCACAUUGAUGAUUCAGUUGAGCUGUAACCUGUACGUCAUUCCCUGUUAAUGGUGGUUAAUGCUGAAGAGUAUCAUAUCAUUCCUGAUGUCAAUUUAUCUAGCGAAUAUUUCAUCGACAUGGUCAACGAAUGUAUAUUUUACUAUUUGAAUGAUCUGUAUGACCGGAACAACUUCUCUAGCAAAAAUCCCAUCGACAUGGUCAUUUUUUAAUAUUUUAUUAAAGUGUAUGUUUCUAACGGAUCGGGAUUUUUCUUAGGCGUUGAGUAUUGACAAUUCCUUUUUAUAUAGAAAAUAUCUUGACAUGAAAUAACACAAAUGACUUGUCUUCCACGAUGGUAUUGAUAUAGAAGACAACACAUCAAAGUUUAGAUUUAUCAAAUAAAGCUAUCUGAAUCGUA